GCCAGCCGCAGCAGCUGCUGAGCCUGCUGCUGCAGCGCGGGGACGCCUCCACCGCCUGGGGCUUCGCCGCCGUCAAAGCCGAUGCCGCGCUCACAGUCCAGCAGGUGAGCAAUGGCACGGUGGGGGCCCACUACCUGGCGCCCGGGGACGUCAUCCUGCGGCUAGGCGGGCGCGACCCGGCCGAGCUGAUGCAGGACGAAGUGGACGCCGUGGUGGCCGAGCCGGGAACCAGCCUCGAGCUGCUCGUCAUGAAGGCGCCGCGCAGUCGGCUCUCGCGCAGCUCCAGCGUCUCCAGCUCCGGCGUCUCCAGCCCCGUGUCCAGCCCCGCCUCCAGUCCCAUGACCGGGACGUUCCCGCGGUACCGCCUUCCCUCCGUUGACGCGAGCAACUCUGGUUCCUACUUCCAGCGCGGCACUCCCUCCAGAAGAAGCUCGCAGACGGCCUUCCUGCGGGAGAUGUUCGAGCAGACCGCAGUCGCCGGCAGCGGCGCCACGCAACACCACAGUCUACGCAGACAGACCUCGCUGGGAGUUCCUCGGAAGACGUCGGAGUUUCAAGAUGUGACUCAGCGCUCGCUCAGGACGUACAGCGACGGAAAGGUCGGUGUGUCAACAACGGGCCCACCGGCGAACGGCUACAGAAACAGCGCCGAUGGCAUUCUGUCCAAAGGCUUUUGGCAAGACGAGGUACAAGAAACGCCAGCCACUCCGAACGACCUUUCAGAAAGACGUAUAAAAUUUGCCGAAGCCUUGAUCGACGAAAAGAACGAUGACGUUUUCUAUCAGUCACUGGCAACGACAAAUGGCAAUCACAUGCCAAACGAAAAUGGUACUCAGUGGAAUCCAGAAGAAGAUCACUUACCUCUCGGCGUCCCUAAGACGAAGCCACCAGGCAGUCGGGGCAGAAGAAUAUCUCCCGUGUCUCAGCAAGACGACCGCCACGCAGACUUCGACUCCAGCGAGGCGGAUUCUGGAGCUGCACCUGGGUCCUUGCAGAGGACUCGUUCCAGGAAAUCAUUGCAAGAAAUCUUCCCUGUUCAACAGCCGUCAUCAGAAGAAAAUGGACGACAGUCGAGCCAGAUUUCCGGAGGAGGCUCACCCAGCCCAGGACCAGGGACACCUGCGGGUGAUGGAGUGAGCGCAGCGCCAGCGCCACCGCCCUUCCCCGCCCCCGCACCUCCAGCGCCGCCCCCACCGCCGCCUCCAGGUGCUGGAGCCUUGCCUGCCGUUCGUAUUGCCACUGAGAUUCCAGAUACACGCACAGGUGGACGUGUAGGGCAGACAGGCAACGCCUAUGAGCCACCUGCUGCCAUUCAGAAUGCAAUGAUGACCAAGGAUAAGAAGCCCUUCACUUACACACCAGGGGGCCUCGAUCUGUCACAGAUUCGAAGCCCCAGGAUGCAGAGACGCAUAACACGAAAUGCUAAUGCAGAAGGUGUACCAGAACAGCCAGUACAACAAAAAACAUCACCACUGGCACAUGGCCAGCUCCCACCAUCAGCUUUGGCUGCUAUGCAACCUCAGAUGCCAGUCGCUGUCUUUCCAACAGGCAACCAACAAAUGUCACCACCAGUUCCACCACAGCCACAGGUACAGACACAACCACAAGUGCAGAAGGCACCAGUUUCUCCACCUCACUCACAACCACAAGUGCAGAAAGUUCCAGUUCCACCUCCUCAGCCUCAGCCAGUUAAUCAGAAUCAAGCCACAACACAGCCACCACAAUGGUCUCAAACACAGGCAAAACCUGCAUCACCACAAAAUGAACCUGGAAGCAUCUACAUCCCACCUGUUGUACAGCCACAAGGUGGAAGAGCUCAAGUGGGCUCCAUUUACAUACCUCCAGUACAACAGCAGCAGCAAGAUCAGCAGAAGACUGCCAGUCCAUUGUCUCCUGUUUCCCUGAACAAAGCACCAACACCAUGGAUGAGUCAGCGCCCCCAGCAGCAACAAGUGCCAACUUGGGUCAACCGUGAUGAAACUCCUGUGCAGAGACAACCCUCAGCAGCAGCAGCACCAACACCAACACCUACACCCACACCCACACCCGCACCAAGUGGUACACGGAUCAUACCCAUACAAGUAGAGGGACGGGAUACUCCAGUUCAGGCAAAUAAGUCAACCCCUUCAGCAACAAAUCAGCAAACAAACACGAGAAUCAUACCAAUCCAAAUUGAAGGUGAACCAGCACCCAGCCAAUCAAAGCCAUCAGCACAACAACAUGUGCAACAGAGACAGCCAGUCUAUGUUCACAAUAAAUUUAAUCCUUCUUCAGCUUCACCAACAAGCCCAACUCCAAGCGGUCCUGGAACCAGUGAAAUUACGGCUGAGCACAAUCCUAGGCAGUUACAACAGCAGCAGAGCUGGGGCCCUCCUGGUGCAAAUGGGGCUCCAAUUCAGUCUCGAUCAUUCAGAGUGCUGCAAAAAAUAACAGAUACUGACAAUACUGAUGGCAAUGAGAAUAGUCAGCAUAUGGAGUAUCCUUAUGGCAAUCAGUCAACACAAGGCGUGCCAGUGCAGCAACUGAGAAAACUUCAGCUGAGUGAGGAUGAUCGUGCACUUAUGAACAGAUUCAAAGCUCAGGUGGACGAGGACUCUUUUCUGCACAAUGAAUCAGAUCCCAGAUACAGAGGGCCAGCAAUUCCCUCACGUGCUUUUCGUAUGCUUCAAAGCAUGACUGAUGGAGCAAGUGGUUCAGACUUUGUUCCUCCUGCUCCAGCCCCAUCUCGAGGACCUCCACAAAGGCCAGCCAGUGUACAGCCAGCUACAGAAUCUCCUCAGCCAUAUAUUCCACCAUCUGAGCAACAAGUUCAGGAGCCUAAGAAAUAUACUGGAGGUUGUAUUCCUUCUCGUUCAUUUAGGAUGCUGCAGGCAAUGACAGCUCCCGAGAACUGUGCUAGUGCCCCGUCAUCAGACGAAUGUGAGGCACCUGUCUCUGUCUCACAUCAAGGCUAUGAUGAGAAUGCUGCUGGGCAGUGGUAUCCUUAUGAUCCUAAUAUGUCACCUGUACCUCCUUACUGGGGUCCUGAGGCCUGGUGGAGAUACUAUCCUGUUCCUAAUUUGGAAGGACAGAAGAAUUCACAAGCUCCUUCUCCGCACUACUGGGACCCAUAUUCAGCUAUGUAUGCUUACAUGGCAGAAAUGGCUGCAUAUGGUUAUCCUCCUCCACCAUAUCCUCCAGUCUAUUCACCUCAUCAUUUUGCUCCAUCAAGACAAUUUAGAUACCCACAUAGUGGAAGUGAUUCCGAUGAAUGUUCUGGAUAUUCAUCCACUGAUGAAAUGGCAUAUUAUGGGGCAAAUUUUGCACAUGGAAUUCCCCAGGGACAUCCUCCAGUAAUGCUUCCACACAUGAAUCAUCCAUCAGGAAAUCCACGUAAUGUACCAGAAGGAAACACAAAUGAGAUUUGUAACAAUGAAAAAGAAAAUAUGCAUAAAAUUGUAACUGAACCAGACAAGACUUCUGAGAGCAUCACACCAAAAUGUAAUGAAGUCAAUGGCAAGAAAGAAUCAACCAAUGAAAAUGAUAGUAGUAGCUCUGAAGAAGAUGAUACCAGUGAUUCAGAUACUGAGGUGGAGGAUGAGAAUAGAAAUGAAGCAGAUGAAUCUGCUAAAAGUAGUAGUAACAGUCUGCAAAUGAUUCGGUCUGUUUCUGAUAUAAACGUGUAUAACAAUAACUCUGGUUCAGAUGUUCUUUCUCAUAGCUCUGAAACGAAUGAUGAUGAAACAGAAAGGGAAGAAGAUUCAGAUGGAGAUGAUGAAUUUGAAGAGGUUAGUGACAGAGGACAUUAUAACAAUGAAGAAGAGACUUGCCUUCCACACCAGCUAAGUGUGAUUUUUGAAGAAAGUGAAUGCAGUGAUGUAGAGUCUACUAAGCGCAUUCACUCAGCUGAGAAAGCUGAUGUUCGUAACUUAAGUGAAGAUGGUGACAGUUCAACAGCAACACUGGAUAAUUGUGAAGAUGACAGUGAUGUUGAUUAUGAUGCAAUGGAUCCUGGUUCAUCAACAGUAACAGUACGUUUGCCACUAAAACUCAAAUUCAGUAGAUCAGAAAAUGACGAAGAGGUAACAACACUGAUCGUUGGAGAUAGUCAGGUGAAAAGGAUUCCCAAGGAAGAUGAAGUUCUUGGUGACACAAAGUUAAGAGAGCUGAAACCAAAUGUGAAUAAUAAGGCAACAGCUCAAAAAGAAGCUGAUGUAUCAGUAACUGUUUGUCUGACAGCACGAUCUAGUUCUAAUGAUAAAGUAGAACAGUGGAAGCAAGAUGUGGAUAAACAUUUUAACCAGCAAGGUGAUAUAACCAAAAAAGAAGAAUCUGAAAUAUCAAAGCUUUCAAGACAUGGGAGUUUAGAGGAUAAUUUAAACAGGCAAAGGAGUGCAUCAGAUUUAGAUGUAUAUGAAACUGCUGAGUCUGACUCUGAUAUAUCUGUUUGUCUGUCACUGCCUCUGAAGAAAACAAACAACAAAAAGCCACAACCUCCAAAGUCACAUAUUACAUCAGAGAAUUUGAAUAAUGUAUCUGAAGAGGAUGAUGAUGAUGGAAAAGUGAAGGGUGAUGAUAGCGACUGUGCUUUCAGUCACUGGGAAGAUGAUUCCAGUAGUACAAGUAUUCAAACUGUAAAACUUGCUCCACAUACUAAAAAACUGACUGGGUCUAAUACUGAUGAUGAAAAGAGUAACAAGACUUCAGAAGCUAAAGGUGUAACAACAAAAGACAAAGGUGAACAAAAUAGGAAGGUACAGAGCAGUAAUAAAAUGCAAGAAAUAUCAACUUGCGAACAACGAUGUGACAAAGAGGAUGAACAUGCCAUGGUUAAUACUGCUAAUCAUGAGUUGGAAGACACAGAUACAAGUGAAGAUGAGAGUUCCUCUAAUUCUGAGAGUAUAAGUAGCGUCAGUUCCAGUAGUAGUACAAGAGAGAGGAAUAUAUCAAUAAAACCAAAAGAAAAAGUUGAAAGUCCUGCAACAAACUAUGUUUCUGAGAGAAACAGUAAAUCAGAAAAUACAAAUAAUAAUGACAGCAGUGACAUAAAAGAUAAGAUACUUAAUAUUAUUACUGAUAGUAAAAUUAUUUCCAAUAAUGAAACUUUUAACAAAUUAGAAACUUCCCAAACACAGCCAAAAACUGCCAGUGGGACACACAGAGAUAAUCAGAGAAGAGACUCCACAGAAACAAAUAGUCAAGGAGGAAAUGAGAUAAGAACCAGUAAUUCAAAAUCUCAGGAAGAAAGUGAAGAAGAUGAUUCAGGAGUAACAUCUGACUUAAGUCGUCCCAUAUCGGAUGCAGACACAGAGUCUGAAUUAAAUUUAAAUGAGUUACAACUGUUAAGCAAAUGUCAGAGAGCAGCUACACAUUCUCGUCUUUUCAAACUUCUCCAGGAUGAAUGUGGGAAAGAAGAUGAAGAAAAUGAUGAGGAUGAUGAAAAAGCAGAAGAUUUACACACAGAAUCAGUUGGAACCCUGAAAUCAAGGAAAGAUCAACUUACACUACCACUGCAUCAGAAUAGUUCAAGUGAUCCAGAUAGUCUAUCAUCUUCUUCAGGCAUUGGGUCUCCUGCUUCUCCAACUAUUACUGAUCGUUUAGUUAAAGAGCUUAUACGAAGCUUGUUGCAAAAGAAAAAAGGUAAACGUCUGAAGAAAUUACCUCUGGCAAAACUACAUGCAGCUGCACUACGUAUACUGCAAGAAGAUAUGGAUCCAUAUGACACAGUCAGUUCCCCUGGUUCAGAAGAAAGCAAUGGGUUUUGCUUGCCUUCAAACCAAUCUUGUUUUCAGACUCAACAUUCCAUUAAUUAUAAUAAUAAUAAUGCCAACACUGCCAAUAGCAACAUUGCCAACCCACUGAUGCCCCCAACACAUGCCAUGUAUGGUGCAAAUUAUUAUGAUUAUUGCAAUUAUUAUGAUUCUUGGGGGAAUCAAAAUGCAUAUUAUGGAACUGACCAAACUUUUGAAUAUGAUGUUGUUCCUUCAAAAGCAUUUAAGCUUUUACAAGAACACACCCAACCGCAUGGUUUCAGCACAGGUCUUAUAAAUGGACUGUGGGCUAAGUGUCCCAGGAUACCAAGCUCAAAAAACCUUCCAAAGGAUCUUGCGUCAGCAGAGACUUCAAAAGAGAACAAGACUGGGUCUCAGAGUGAUCCCCUACCUGAAGCUCCUGUAAUUCCAGAAAAUGAGUCCAGUGCAGAGACCCCUGCCUCAGCCCAAGCUUCAUGAUGUGAAAGUGAUGAGACAGGCAGACUGUGAACAGAGGGUGAUCACUUGUUCAAACGUUCGAGCUUUUGGUAGACAUUUGAGAUGUCUGUAGCAGGUCGACCAGCUGGGUCAUACCCAGGAGGUCCCGGGCAAUCUGAUAUGUAAGACAGGAAUGACAUUGGAACCGUGUCUGAAGUGAAACAUGGUAGUUCUCAACAUCCACUGGAACAAAUUGUUGCUUAUUAGCAUAUUUUAAGUUAUCUAAGGAUGUUGUACUGAAGUGUACUUACCACAAUAAUGCUUUUCACUUGUUUGACUUUUUAUUAUUUCUUGUACCAUAAUGCUUGAAUAAGGAUGUUGUUUAAACUUUACAUAUGUAAAGCUUCUUGUCUGAGCAUCGUUCAGGGGUUUAUAACUCAUGAGUUAUGUGUGAAGCACUUGCUAUAAUCUGUGCACUCAAUGAAGGAAAAUUUUCUGUGUAAAUACUUUACAGUUUACCAACUAUGAGGACAGCCAAACACAGUCAUUAUAAACAUAAUUGUCAGAACAAGGACAUCAUUCUGACUGCUGUGGAUAGUUACAUGAUGAAAUAACAUAAAACGAAAUUCUAUGAGAAAUCACUUAUAGAGUGUAUUAUAUUUAAUAUACUAUCCAUAAGAAAUAAACAAAUGCUACAUAAAGUUUCAGAUAAAUUUAUAAGAUAACUCAAUAAAGACUUUGAAUUUUGCUUUGAUCUGCAGAUUGCAGGGAACAGCGUGUUAGACAGUUUGAACUUGUAUAAAAGGCAGAUCAGUGCACGAAAAAAAUUUUGACAUUUACUGUCACCUCAAAUUUAUGAUACUCAUGUAAAAGGAGUGGAAGGAAAAACUGUGAUUGCUAUUAGUGAUAAACAUAACACUAUCAUUUUGUUAUUUCUCCUGUAGUAAAAUGCUUUGUAAUGUAGUCCAGAGUGUGUGUAUAGCCAUAAUAUAAGAAGAAUUCAGUUCCUUACUAACAAAAAUGUUGCAAAGAAAGAAAGAGAUUGCUCAGAACAUUGAAAACUUUUAGAGCUAUUUCCUUUCUUUUUCUUAAAAAAAGUGUAACAAAUGUUCAACUCUGCUAAGAAAUUGUAAAUUUGGAUCAGUCCAUGAUAUAAUACAUCUCUGACACUGAGCUGCAGUGAGCCACAGUGUGAGAAGAAAAACCUAUCCCUCAAUUUGGUUUUACAUUAUAUACAUGUAUAUACGUUUGUGUAAAAUUUUUAUUUGCUAUCUUUUUAGUUUCAGAAUGAUACAUAAUAUUUAUGUCACAACAUGUUCUUAGAUAAAAAUGCAGAAAAUGCAGUUUUAUCUAUUUUUACUUAGAUGAAAGUCUUCCUAACAUCACAUAUUUGUAAGGGAUGAUAUCCUCAGAUACUGGUCCCUCUGAUGCUUCAAAACUUGUGAGGCUCAUAUGAGGACAUUAAGGAGCUCAGACACUUGUAGUGGCAUGUCAUAAGAUGUUGUACAACAGAAAUUUAGUAAUAUACCUCUGUAAAUUCUGCAAUAAUAUAGUAUCAUAGUCCAGUCUCCCAUAAAACAUUAGGUUUUUAGAAAACUGUGUUUUCUCUUUAAUUUUUGCUCUACUCCCAAUGCUAAGUUAUUCAUUAUACUUAUCCACAGUGAUAUUUUUCCAUGAAAAUAUUAUUUUUCAAGUAAAUUUAGCAACAUUUAGUUUUAUUCAGGCUGAAAGAUAUAGACAUAUCAGAGAAGGCUGUGACUGAAUGCAAUUUAGUUAUCUGCAAAUCUGUUUGAGAAACAUGACAGGCACUAUUGGUAGUAUAUUUUAUCAGUGAGUAGUAUUGCAGCAUCUGCUGUAAAGUUCUGUUACAUAUUAAAUCCAAGGAAGUAGAUAGUUUUCUCCAGUUAUUUCAUACUGUGUAGGCAGGAGUAGAUGAUAAAUUAAUUUUCUUACUGGACUAUUUUAUGCCAUUGAGUAUUAACACAGGAACAAAUUAUUUGUAGGACAAUAUAAUGACAAUAAGCAGGAUUACAUUGUCAGAGCCUUGAGGUAGGGUUUUUGUAUUAUGAAAGUUGACGAAAUUUGGGUAAUGUUGAAUAUGAAUUCUACACACAUGAAACUGUGCUUCUUUUAUUGUUAAAGAACAAAACAUUGCUCUGUAUAAUGUGGAUUUUAAGUCACAAUAAAACUUUUGUUUUUAUUUUAGUAA